AUGGGCUCCCUAACGGAUCCUCCUGAAAACUGGUGUUGGGUGACCUUGGUGACAAAGCCGUCAUAUCUUCCAGGCGUCAUUGUCCUAGCUCACACUCUCGACCAACACCAAUCCAAAUAUCCUCUAUUGGUGCAGUACACUGACUCUUUAGGAGACAAGGCUCUUGCUGCCCUCCAAGAGGAAGCCGAGAUCUAUGGCCGGAUGAAAUUGGAGAGAGUUUCCCUUUUGCUGCCUAAGAAGGACCAGGAGAAUACUGGUAGUGUUGCCGAGCGCUUCAAAGACACAUUCACCAAACUCCGUGCUUUCGAGGUCUACAACCUAGGCUUCACGAGAGCCGUUUUUCUGGAUGCCGACAUGGCUGUCUUCCAGAAUCCCGACGACAUUUUUGAAUGCAAACUACCAGGUCGAGACUGGAUCGGUGCCAAUCACGCCUGUGUGUGUAAUCUGGAUAACGAUCCAUGGGCUCCGUCUGAAUGGCACAAGGGAAAUUGCGCCUAUACACCCUUGAAUCACCCCGACGAUGUGGCUUCAGCAGUUAGCUCAGAGAGUCGACCCACGUAUCACCUCUUGAACAGCGGCAUGUUUCUCUUCUACCCCUCCGAACAGCUGUGGACCAGAAUGCUUCAUUUUUUCAACGUCAGCAGUCAGCUGAAGAACUAUCAGUUCCCGGAUCAGGACUUUCUCGCUGCAUUCUUCCGUGGGAAGUGGCAUCCUCUGUCCUGGAAAUACAAUGCUCUGAAGACCAUGAGAUAUUGGCAUCCUCGGAUAUGGUCCGAUGACAAGCUGAUAGUCCUCCAUUAUAUUGUCGACAAGCCUUGGGAACGGCAAGUCAGUCAAGAUGGUGUUGCCGGUCAUCUUGGUAGAGACGGGGAGACACAUCAAUGGUGGUGGAAGCUAUACCGCGAGUGGAGAACCCAGCGAAAAGACAUGCAGCAAAAGGGGAUGGGAAAGGGCAUGGCGGUGCUGACGGUGGACGAGUUGGUCGAUACCGAGGAACCGUUCACAAAGAAGAUUCCAUUGCCUCAGGAUGUUGGCAGACCCGAGGAUGUCCUGCCAUAUCCUUGA